AUGGAAAAGAUAACUUUCGCCUACAAAUUCAAAGACGGACCCUACAAAAACUGUGGACAACUUUUCCAGGAGGCUAUGCCGACCAUAAAAGGCAGCUGGAACAGGCGAUGUGCUGGGUGGGAAGAGUCCUCCAGGAUGCUGCAGGCCUCCUUGUGGCAGCAGGACCUGUACAGCUCCUCUAAGGAGAGUGCAGCCGAUGAUCUUUUCUGCUGUGGUGAUUAUCCUCUGGAGCGUCUUCUCCUGAGCCGUGCUGCUGGGAAACCACACUGGGAUGCAGUAUCGCAGCACACGUUCAAAUGGAGCAUUUGUAGAAGGACUGCAGCGGCUCCUUGGACGUCGCUUUUCAGCAGUCGCAGGAAGUGGAGUCGCUGCUUUGCCGUCCUGAUCAGCCCACUGGUGUUGGUUUUCCAGGCACCUGGAGUACUUUGUUGUUACGCUGUUGGCAGCAUUCUCUGCGAAGGAGAAAAUUAAGUUGAUGAGCGGCUUCUAAAGCACUACGAAUCUUCUGGAUUCAGUAUCUUUUCCUUUCCCCAAGUUACACAUGUGGUCACUACCUAGGAUGUUUUUUUUCUACUCCUCAGAGUGAGAAGAGUCUACCCGCAGCUGGAGAACUACAUCAAGAAGAGGAGGCUAUGUGCUCACCCAAUCCUUGAAAUCUACAGAGAUAGUCAGAUGCACUUCAUGGUCCCUUUGGCUCGACAGUGUCAUUUUGUGCCUGAUCUCCAGCAGGUAGAAAAGACUCUGACAGAACAAGAGGAUUCGUACAGUGACACAGAUGUCCCAGGUGCAGACUCCAACAGUGAAUCCAGCUCAGGGAGUGUUCUCCUCUCAGACAGCAGAGAGACAUCACUGAUGCCGUCUUCCGCCCACUCCGUCCCUAUCGGAGAUCAAGCAAGUGGGGACUACAGAGGGAGAAGCUCCAGGGGAACCUGGUUUAAAGAGCUGGACUGGGACCAGACGGGUGGACACCAGGAAGAGACACAGAAGCAGCAUCACGGAGGAUCCCAACAAAAGGACGUGGAGGUUGCCACUCAGCGGUGGUGGGGGGUUGUUGGAGGGGAAGAAUGA